AGAGAGAGAGAGAGAGAGAGAAGUUUCUGUGAAACCAGGUCGGGUCAUUGCAUGAAAACAGUUGGACACAACAGAACCAUUCCUUGGACAUCAACAUCAGAAUUGAACCCUGAAUUCAUAGAGGAAUCUGGACCCAUCUGAUUCUGAACCGAUCCAAUUGGUGCACAUUAUAUCCGUUCAAGAGACAAUUUUGCUCUACAUUCCUAAGUAGAAGCAGAAGAGCAUUCUUUUUUGGAAGCAAAUGACACCUAAAGCAAGUUCUGGAUUGUGGGAAUAAUAUUGGGAAAGGUGGUUUGUGGAUCAUGGAGCAGUCAUGUGGUUUUGACCUGCAUUCAGUGCUGACAGAGUGACAAGAGAGGAGAUAACAGGAUUAGUAUGGAGAUAUUGUUAUAGAGGGAAAUCUGAGUGUUGUGAUUGAAUCUCUUCUCUCAAAGACCUGCAGGAUGAAUGGGUGAGAAGAAAAGAGAGGAUAGGAGGUGUUCAUUUACUGCUUUUUCCUGCGUAUUCAGAAAAGGAAGAACACUUUCAUAUAUGUUUUGAUGCAGGGUGGCAUGCAGGGUGUGAUGCAGGGUGGCAUUCAUUAGGCAUGUUUUUUCAACUGCUGUUUUUUUUCCAAAAAGUGUGUCUAAAACAAAAAAGCAAUACCACAAAACCAAGGCAAUCCUGAAAGGACCAAUGACACAAUCCUGUCAAAUCAAGGACAUGCCCUUAACUUCAGGCCUUGACAAAUCCUGGGUUUCCUUCCUAAAGUCUGCACCUCGUCUCUGCCUCAACACCUUGGACUUCUCCGACCUGUGGGAUGAGGAGGACCUGGGAUUGGACAGCGCCGAGGAAGACGGAGGCACCUUGACCAACCAAACCUCAGCAUGUCUCCAAACACCACCUCCUCCUCCUCCCAUGCCGCCCUCAGCUCCUCCCCCUCCCCGGUCUACAGGAUAUGCCUCUUCCAUGGAGAAACCCUCAGGUUGUCGUACCUUAAAGCUCCACUGGAGGGAGCUCCACAGCCUGCCCCCCCUGCCCAGGGUUAGCCGCUUUGGGCCCCAGACCAUCUGGGCUGGGCUGGAGCCUGUGCACCUGGACACCAACCGGCUGGAGUACCUGUUUGAGACCAAGGGAAAUGGCUCCAUCUGCAGCGUGCUGACGGGAAGGCAGAAGCUGCCGUCUGUCUCAGUUCUAGGGGUGAAACGGAGUAACAUCAUCACAAUUGCCCUCAGUAGCCUCCCUCCUCCCCACCUGCUGCCUCCUGCCAUUUACACCAUGGACUGUAGUGUUCUGGACAGAGAGGACGUACAGCGUCUCCAGUCCCUGGUCCCCAGUGAAGAGGAGCUGUCUCUGAUCAGGAAGGCCCAGGCCGAGUCCCCCCACUCGCCUCUGGCCCCAGCUGAGCUCUGUCUCCUAACCCUGGGGGAGAUCAGUUACCUGAGCCCCAGGCUUCAGCUCUGGGCUUUCGCUCUGGACUAUGACACCCUGGAAAGAGAAAUUGCAGAGCCUCUCUUCCACCUGAAGCUUGCCAUGGAACAGCUGGCAGCCAAUCAGACCUUUAGAUGCAUCUUGGCCACUGUGCUAGCCAUUGGUAACUUCCUCAAUGGAUGCAAGGCCGGUGGUUUUGAGUUUGAGUUACCUGGGGAGCUGUCUCAGUCAGAGAUACACACUCCCGUCAGCUGCUGUUACCAUAUGUGUGUUCUGCUCCUGCAGCUCUACCCACAGUCCUCAGACCUCUACUCUGUGAUAUCACCUCUGUCACCCGCACCAGCAAGUGUGACUACACCCAGAUCCAGUCCAGCCUCUCACAGCUGGAGGCCCUUUGCAAAUCCUCAUGGGACCAGCUGCGUCUGCUAGAACGGGAGGAUGAGAAGAAGAGAGGAGGACGGGACAGAGGAGGGGAGCGGGAGGGCACCCUGCGACAGAGGUUACCUACGUUGCUGAAGGAAUGUGAGGACAGGCUGAAGGUACUGAGAGCUGUCCAUCGGAGGGUUAUCAACAGGUUUCACUCAUUCCUUUUGUUUCUGGGUUACUCUCGUACGAUGGUGAGAGAGACGAAUGCGGAGGACUUCUGUAAGACCGUCAGCGACUUCUCCCUGGAAUAUAGAGCCACCCGUCUCUCCAUCCUGCAACAAAGGGAGAGAGAGAGGGAGCGAGAGAAAGGAGGAGAGAGUCCCAGCUCACCUGCACCUAACCACAAGCACCACUACCAUCCCCACCACCACCACCAGACACCUUCUCAGGAGAGCUUGGAGCAGUGCAAACUAGAGGAAGUAUUGAAGACCCCAGAAUCUGACUUUCAGUUAGAUUCUACCCUUCCACGCCACCGCAGUAAGAAGACUGAUAUCAGAGGUCGACUCUCCCGGAAGCUAAAGUGGUGACAUAUGAAGUGAAGUGUGUCGUCUGUCCUGCGUUUCUGUCUACAUCUGUUUGUAGAAUCAUGCAUUGUUAUUACUACACAUUUGACUAUAGUCACUGUAAAUGCAUACUGUUUAGCAUACCAUAGUCCCUGCAUGGUGUAUGCUGCAAUGCUAUAAAAUAUUAUGUCAUGCACUUCAACAAGCACAUAGGCCUACUUAUUCUCAUACACAAACACAAUCUUAUCCACAGUCAGACUAACUCAGCAGCAUUGAAAAUAAAUAUAUGUGUAAAUAUAUGUGUAGACAUGAAAAAUAUUUUUGACAAAUGUUUCAUAUUUCUAUACAUGUAUGUGAAACAUAAAGACCUUGCCAAACAUGGA